UUCCUCUGGCAGUCCCAAAAACUUCCUCCAGAGCAGCAAUUUCUCACCUUUAGAUAUAUAACCCACUUACAUCGGUCUCCCCUGACCUAGCGGCGCUCUGUGCUCACCCCCUCACGGGUUACAGCGGAACACGGCAUUUUAGCAGGCUCGGCGUUUGUUCCUUGGAAGAAGUGUGAAGUGACAACUCCUGCCCCGUAAGUGCACACAACACCCAUGAACUCUGUCCUAGGUACAUCAAAAGAUGUCUCCGCAAGGCGUGUAUUCUCCCGUUUCUGGCCCUCUGUUUCCGGAUUUGUACUAAGAGCCAUUGAGCGAGAGGAAGUCACCUUUCAAAGCUCAGGUUAGUAUGAGAAAUAAAGGGCGCCUACGUAGAGCUGUGCGCGUGCGCGGGCAGCCAGUGCCGCCUGGCCUUCCCGGCUGUCCCCGGGGAGGCGGGACCAGGCAGCUUCCCGCGGUUCGGCCCCGCCAUUGGCGGGCGGUUUGAAUGACGGAAGUGACGAGACCUUGGCGAUGGCUGCCCCGCAGGCGCACAAACGGCUGGUGGGAGGCUGAGCCGUGGGGGCCGCGAGAGGCGGUGUGUGUGCUGGAGCGGCGGGCUGUGCGCGGCCUGCGCUCAGAUUAUUUACAUUUGGACCACACAGAAAUGAAAAGAAAAGUAGCAAAUGCUGGCAAGCUGAGAUUGAGUCCUAAUGAGGAAGCAUUCAUUUUGAAAGAAGAUUAUGAGAGAAGACGAAAGCUGAGAUUGUUACAGGUUCGUGAACAAGAAAGAGAUAUUGCCUUACAGAUACGAGAAGAUAUAAAACAGAGGAGAAAUCGGCAGUUUUCUCGUUUAGCAGAGGAACUAAGGGCAGAAUGGGAGGAAUCACAAACUCAGAAAAUAAGAAACUUGGAAAAAUUGUAUUUGGCCAGUUUAAAAACUAUGGGAGAGGGACAUCGACAGGCCAAAGAAAAUGAGCCUGACUUUGAUGCUUUGGCGCGCCGGGCUGCAGAACGGAAACGAAAAGCACAAGUGAGGCAUAAAGAGGCCCUGAAGCUGCAGAAAAGUCAAAAGGAAAUGGUAGCAAAAGAAAAAACCUGGCAUAUACAAACUCGAAAGGAAGCACUGCUUGUGGAAAAAGAGAGAUCUGCCAAAAUUGCAAGUUUGCCACCUCCUCCGCCAGCUCUUUUUGAGAACAUUGACAUAAAAAGAAGUUCUGCAGUAAAGCCCAGUAGUUCCACGUACCAUCAUCUGUCCACGUUUGUGAGUAGAGAGACACACACAAAGCAGACAGAUGCUCAUGUGGCUGCUGAGGAAGAAGCUAAAAGAUUGGAUGAACUACAAAAGCAGGCUGUCCAAGAGAGAAAGGAACAGUGUGAAAAGGCACACAUAAGGGGUUUCCAAGCAAUGCAGAAGAUCCACUUGGCUCAAAGUCAAGAGAAAGUAAUGAAAGAGCUCCAACAGCUGCAACAAGAGGACCUAGCACGCAGGAGACAGACGGUAGCACAAAUGCCGCCUCAACUAGUUGAGCUUCCAUACAAACGCAGUGAAAUGAAAGAAGACUGGCAGAGAGAACUGGAAUUUGCCUUUGAAGACAUGUACAAUGCUGACAGGAAGGUGAAGGGAAACCUGAUUUUACACCUUGAACCAGAGCCUUUGCCUACUGUUACUGAUCAGAUUCAAGAUGAAGAACUGGACCUUUCCAUGGAACAAGAAGAUGUAGGUGAAACUCAGAACCUUCAAGUAACAGAAGCUAAAAUGUCUAGUGAACCAGAAGUUCCCUUUGCAAUGAAAACCAAGCAAGUCUCUUCAAAAAUUAUUUUUAAAAAAUUAUUAAAUAAAAUACGAAACCAAAAAUCUCUCUGGACAAUUAAGUCCUUGUCUGAGGACGAAAGUGAAGUGAUUACAACUGUUAAUGAAAUUGAGAGUAAGGCAUCAGCUGCUGAGUCGGGAACCGAGCAGGAACAAGAGGUCGAAGGCGAUAAGGGAACGAUUGAGUCUGGGACACUCGCUAGUGAAGAUGUUCUACUUCCGUGCCAGAAAGACUCUGCAGUGAGACAAGAAAUAAAUGAGACUCUGCCUGUCACACCUGCGGCUCCAAGUUCAGUCCUUCUCCACCCUCAAGAAGCAGCAGCCAGAGUUAGAAUGUCUGCAAGGCAGAAACAGAUAAUGGAAAUAGAAGAGCAGAAGCAAAAGCAGCUGGAAUUACUUGAACAAAUUGAACAACAGAAGUUAAGAUUAGAAAUUGACUGCUUCAGGGCUCAGCUGGAAGAAGAAAAAAGGAAAAAAAGUCAACAGACUCAGGAUGGUGCUGCUCCAGUAUCAUGCAGUGUACUUCCUGAUGAAGACAGUCACAGGCAGAUGAUUCGCAAUUAUCAACAUCAGCUUUUACAGCAAAAUAGGUUACACAAGCAGUCUAUUGAAACAGCCAGAAAGCGAUUACUUGAAUAUCAGUCUGCAUUAAAGGGAAGAUGCCCAUCCAUGUCAGCCACAUCACUGGUGCCGGAUUCUGUUAUAUCGGCAUCACCACAGAAAUCUAGAAGGCAUACUGCCGUCACAGAAAGCUGGGAUCACGAUCAGAGACCCCGGCUGAGCCCUAAGAAAUAUCAGCCGACACAGCUUCUACGGAGCUCCAAAUCAGAACCUGACCAUUUGCAGGUGCAAAGGCAAAAUCACUUUCAACAGAAACAGGUAGAAACAGCAGAAACAUUAAGCACUCCAGAUGUUCCAGCCAGGCGUGCUUUAGAAUCACAGGAACUUGGAAGGCAGUUCACACAGACUGAAGCACAACAGAGAGACUAUGCAUAUUCUAAGCCAGCUGAACCUUCCUUGUUCCUGCCGCUGGUUCCUCAGCAUUCUUUUAGUUCUUUGCCCAUUAAAAUUGAAUCUAGAAAAAUCCAUGAACCAUUUGCAACCAUGAGCAAAAGUACAGUUACAAAAAGCCAUUCUGUAAUCAAUCAAAUGCGUGAUAGACCUUUGCCAUUCCCAGAGACUAUCACAGCACACCAACAUCGUCUGAAGUUUCUCCAAGAACAGCUGGACCUACAGAAGGAAGCUCUCCAGGCAAGACAGGAAGCCCAGGAACAGCUGCUCCUGUGCAAACAGAAACAACUGGAAGAACAAAUUGGUUUGUCUCUAUUUCUUCCAUUGGAUUCAUCUGCUUCACUGCCUUGCGCCAAAGCUGAAUCUGGGAGAAUUGAGGAAUCUUCUCCAGUCAAGGACAAUGCUGCACUUUCCUCAGGUGAUGCUGUGGUUGCACAACUUCAGGAUAAGCAUUUGAGUUUUUCACCGCCUGUUUUACCACAGCAAGCUAAUUUUAAAUUUCUUCAAGAAAAGUUGAAUAUUCAGAGAGAUAACCUUCAGGCCAGGCGAGAAGCCCAGGAGUUACAGAGUGAAUUGGAUGGAAGAGUGGGUUCUGAACAGGGUGAGCAAGCCUCUGUCCCAAUUCAGGUCAGUCAGCGUAUUUUUGCCUCACCACCUUCUCUUGAUACAAGAUCUAGAAAAAUCCAGGAAGGGGAGCAGUUGUUACCCAAAACUGAAAAAGGACUUCUCUCAAGCCAGGAUGAUAGCCCAAAAUCUCAAGCUGAGUCUUCAAGUUUGCUACGGCAGUUCCUUCCUCUUCAUGAUAGCUUGAAGUUGCUUAAAGAGCAGCUGGUUACACAGAGGGAUGCUCUUCAGGCUAGGCAUGAAGCUCACAUGAAAUUACUUGCAGGUAGACAAAGGUAUUCGAGAGACAUUAAACCUGUGGGGAUGAGCUGUUCGUUCUCACCAAUGGUGUUUGAGCAUUCUUUCCCUUUUCAAGAUCCUGCUAAAGCUGAGACUAGGAGAAUUGACAUGCCUUAUUCAUCUCAGAAGGAGCCUAUGAGUCCUAGUCAUAGGAGAGUCCCAGCAUUCCAGGAUAAGUCAUUCAGUUUUCCACAGCAAGAUUUGACAGCACCCGAAGAACAGUCACACAUACAGAGGGUAAUACUUGGUACUGGGGAGGAAAGUCAACCUGAACAAAGUGAAUUAGAAAAAAGAAUUUCUCCUGAACAAUCUGGCAUCUCUUCAUCACUCUCCCAAGUUACUGAUUCUGAAAGAUUCCAGGAAUUUGUGUCAUUGAUGAGUGACAGUACAGGUACAUUAAGUCAUCCCAAGAUCCCAAGAUUUCCAGAAAGAGUUCUGGAAUUUUCACAACAUGUGGUACCUGUACGAGAUAAUUUGAAGGAACAGCAAGAAAAGGUGGACACAGAAAAAGCGACCUCUUAUUUUAACCAGAAUACCCAAACUGGCUUGCCUUCCUUCAUGCCCCGGUUAGGGCAGCUUUCAUCUGCUUUACUACCUCUCGCUGAGCCCAGUACAAGCCAGGCAUAUCUUUCAACAGAAAGUGAUACUAAAAUUCCUUCAAGCCAGUUUCAGAUCCCAGAAUUGCAGGAUAGGCUUUUGAGAAUAUCACAGCUUAUCCAACCACAGCAAGACAAUCUGAAUGCACUUCAGCAACAGUUGGCUGCUCAGAGGGAGGCCAUCUUUCAGCUCAGAGAGGGGGCUCAGGAAGAACUGCUAACACAUAGACCGAGCGAGCGGAAGGGAAAACCAUCUCCUGAGCACUUUGGCACCUCUUCCUCACCCGAGACAACACAGCAUCCAUUUGCAUCAUUUCCUCUUUUGGUAAAUGAAAGAAUUCAAGAAGCUAGUCCAAACAGCAGUGAUUAUACAAUCUCCUCAAGUCAUUCUGAGAUGCAAAGGUUACCUGAUAGGCUGUUGGGUUUAUCACAUAGUGUUUUGCCUCAGCAAGAUAAUUUGAUUUCACCUCAAGAACAUUUGCAUGCACAGACAGAUUCCCUUCCUUCUAUUGAAAAAGCCCCAAAAGAGUUUAUUUUGCCCAAGCAAGAUAAUUAUGAGGGAGAAAUGCCUUCUGACCACUUUUCCCAAACUCACCAUGAUGAUUUGAAGGCACUUCAGCAGCAGUUAGAUGUACAGAGGGAGGCCAUUCGAUCUAGACAGGAAGUCCAAGAAGAACUGCUUUUUGAAAGACUGAGUAAUUUGGAGAAAAGGGUGUCAUCUGAGCAGGUUAGCUCCUCUUCAUUCUUACCCUUGGAGGCAUUGCCUGUUGCCGGUUCUCAGAGAACCCAAAAGUGUUUCCCAACUGAAGGGACUGAUACUCUUCCUUCCAGUCAGCCUGAAAUCCCAAGAUCACAGCAUAGGCGUCUGAGUUUAUCACCACCUGUGCACCGCCAAGGUGAAGUGACAGCACAGGUGUGUUCCAGUGAGACACCCCAAGAACUGCUGUUGAAUAGUGAAAGUAAGUUAAGCAAAAGUGAAUCUGCUCAUCAUUCCAUCUCAUCGUGUUUGUUCGAGGAAACAGAGCAUUUGUUUAUUCCACUGCCUUUUGCUGAAGGUAAAUCUAAAACCAUUUGUGAAUUGCAUUCAUCUAAGAUUGAACGUGCCCCUCCUCCAAGCAAUUCUUUAAUCUCAAGCCUUCAGGAUAGGCAUCCUGUGUUAUCUCAGCAAGAUAACUUGGGUGUUCAGAAGCAUGUAGAUUUUGAAAGAGAAGUUCUAUGUUACAGCCAGCUUGCCCAACAAGAAUUGCUGGUGCAGACAGAAACAACCCUACAACAGCAGAUCCAGAAGCAUCAAGAGAUUUUGAAGGAUUUCUUUAAAAGUAAUCAGACAAGUAAUCCCACAAAUGAAAAUGAUGUAAAAAUGCAGAAGAUGGAGCAGCUGGGGGAGUGGCUCCCUCAUGCGCGUGGACCAGCAAGCAGUGAGGAGGGCAGCAGUCGUGCAGAAAGGAGCAGCUCUGAUGAUGAUCCACUGCUUUCAGAACAUCCUGGUGCCAAGCUGAGUGGUAAAUUGGGUAGUAGAUCCUCAAAGCCACCUGUAGCACAAGUUAAAUGUGGAUUGGAUGUGAAGCAACAUGAACUCAGUGCUAUUCAAGAAGUAGAAUCUCCAGCAAGCGUCAGAACUUCAAUUCCAGGUAAACCUGAUUUCUCUCAGGACAGAGACCCCUUGAGGGUCUCAGUAAGCCGAGAACAAAGUUUCCUCGGGAACCUACUGCCCUGGGAUCCACUUGUUUGUCUUCAAACAGUUGAUGACGAUGACACAGCAGUCCAGGUCAAGGAGUCUGAAAUCGAGACUCAUGCCAUAUUAAGUUUUGCUAUGGAAGAAGAGUAUACCUGUCCGAGUUCAACUGUAAAGUCCAAUGAUAAGGCUGAAACACAAGAGAUUUCUCCUGAGCCAAUAUCCUCAGGAACUCUUUCUACUGGGAGCUUUUUAAGUUACGAAAACAUAGAUUUGAGCCUCACAGAUUCAGAGCACAUGGACAAUAGGGAACAAGAAUCUGGCGCCGGUGAAGAAGAUAAAGCAGCAGUUGACCUUGACUUCCCAGAAUUGGAACACAUUUUCCCAAAUUUGCAUCGUCAGCUUUUUAAACCCUUAGAACCACAUCCAGAUUCUGCUUUGUCACCAUCAUCCUCUGGGAUUUCUCAAGAUAAUGGAGACUUUUACCAGAUCUUAGAAUCUUCUGCUGAAAUCCGUCGUGCCCCUUCGUCAUCCCAGAGAUCAGUGUCUGUCACAGCCCUGCGGAGGAGCAGCCUGAACCAGCCAACUGACCCUGCUGUGGCUCUUCCUGCAGUUCAGACUUCUUCCACAGAGCACACUGGGGAACCUGAACAAUCUUUUCAACAACUUCUACCUGAAUUUUCCUCCCAAGAAGGGAACCAGCAUGUUGAUCUCCCAAGUAUUUUUAGUGUGGAAGCUAGAGAGCCUUCUGAAGGCACAGAUGAUCAGAACUACCUCUCUGAAGAACAGAGCAAAAUACUACAAAAUAAGAAAGCUGUUCAUUUCCAGCUCUCUGCAGAACAUUUAAGUUCAGUCUGUAGCUCAUCUGAUGAGGCUAACAUGUUUGGUCAGGUGCAUGUAAAUCAUAGCACACCAUGUGGUUCAACCUCCAGUGAGUGCUCGAUAAAGCAACAAUUAGAAGGAAAGGAGAGACUGCAUUUUGUAGAACUGUCAGAAAGAAGUGUUAAAAUAUCACAAAGGCAAGAAAUCACUGAAAAUGAAAAGAAUAAAGCCUAUAGGGCUUUUGCUGUAAAUCCACGUAGAGAUUUUGAUUCCCGAUUAUGUGUAACAAUGGAGAAAGGACCUUCUGUUCAGAUAUCCCCUCUAUUAACCAUUCAAAGUGAAAAAUGCUUUGAGACCUCAGCCACAGCUGAAACUCCAGAUGUUUCAAGAAACCUAUCCCAACCAGCAAUAUCAGAAACUGCUGAAUCAUUUUGCUUACAGAGCUCGGUUCCGAUCUGGGAAACAGAAUCUGGGCAUGGAAUAAUGGAAGAACCAGAACUUACUUUAGUAAGCAUCAGUGACAUCAGCAUUACCGAAACAGAUUUUGCCAAUUUAACCUUGGAAGAAAAUGAGGCAAAAAACAGUUUCCAGGUGAAUGAAUUACUGCCUCCGGUGUCAGAAUGUUCUCUGGACCAGUCAACAACAGCAUUUGCAGAAACGCUGGACACCAUUCCAGGGAGCUUACAAGAAGCAUUCUUAAAAAGAAAAAAAUCCUUUAUAGAAAGAUCCUAUCAGAGGCAGAAAGAAAUUCGGAACAAGGCUCAUGUUCGUAAUUCUCAGAUGAAGGCAACUAAAGAGAAGUUACCUACAGGUUCAUUUGUGAAUUGCCUAAAGGGUGUGAAUAGAGUAUCCAUUUCUGAAGAUAGGAAGACUGCACAGUCCCUCAUGCACCAAAGGGCUUUAAGAUUACACAAUCAAUUGGCAGAAGUGAAAAAACAAAAGGAAAAGGAAGAGAAAACAAAGCAGGAAGUUUAUGCCAAAAACAGAGCUAGUGCAAAAGAAUUUCAUAAGAAAGUGCUACAGAAACUUCGAGCCAAAAAUACAUGACUUCCUACAAACCAGUGUAAAGUUUAUUUUUUAUGCUUU